AUAUGACAGCAAAAGAAAAAUACUGAAAAACAAAGAACAUGGCUGUAAGGGUUAGGGAUCUGCAGUCUAUGGAGACGGUUGUUGAGCCUCUAAAUGAUGGAAUUAUCUGUAUUUGUUACAUCUGCAAGCAUCUUUUGGAUGCACAAGUAGAUCCGAACACUGGCAUGUGCUCCAAUUAUAGACAAAUCAGAAGACAUAUCGAGCACGCUGAGCAGUACAUUGCAAGAUCAGAGAAAACUAUUAAAGUAAAACUGCAAAAUCUAGAUGAAUGUAUGGAGCAACUUAUUAAAGAAAAAGGAAAUGCUGAGCAGCAGAGGCGGCAGAAACACCAAACCAAGAAUGAAUUACAUAUCGAGAAGGAUUCUGCUGAGGAAUCAUUGGAGAAUUCUAGAGAAGCUUUGGAGCAGGCCAAAAAAAAUGUGGCAUCAGAUAAAAAAGAAAUAGAAAGAGAGAAGCUCAGCAUGAUUAAAGGUGGAGUUGUAGCAGUUAUAGCACCAUAUGUUAGUGUGAUACCAAUUGUUGGAUGGUUUGCUGGUCCAGAUAUGAUGACUGAUGGCAUAUUUACAAUGGCAUAUGCUUAUAAGGCUAUGAAGGAAGCUGAAGAUGAUCUUGAAGAAAAUGAGUCCAGAGUGGGGAAGUACAGGAGAAAAGUGUCUGAUUAUCAGUCCAAGAUCUCUAAAAUAGAGAGUGAGAUUGAAGAAACUGAUGAGUUGCUGGAUAAAAUUCAGUGCGAGAUUGAAGAGGUGAAGCAGCAUCUGGACUACACCGCUGAUAUUCAGGAGAUGGUGAGAAAAGCUGUGAAUCUUCUGAGUGUUGUCAGUGGAAGAGUCACUGCUCUGGAAAGGCAAACCCGACGCUUCAUUCUCUGGGAGCCUGUGAUAAAGGUGAUGGAAGAAGUGAUGGAGGCAGUCACAAAUGUUGCCGAUAAUCGUCUCCUUUAUAAUCACGGUGUGGGAGGCCUCAUGCGUAUUUUGUUGGAGAAUGUUGGAGAAUUGCUGGCUUUGUGCUCCUCACCCCCACAUUUUGAAGAUGAGGACUUUUACUGAUCAAACUUAACGGUCACUCUUUAUUUUGAUGGUCCGUUUGUUGAAUUUAAGUUACAUUGCAACUAAUUCUCAUUAGAUUAUAAGUAGACUGUUAGGUUGGGGUUAGGGUUAGUGUAAGUUGACAUGUACUAGCAAAGUUUCUUAUAGUCAGUUAAAUGUCUGUUGAAGGAGCAGUAUAAACAGAUAUUAAGUAGACAGUCUACUUAUACUCAAAUGGACCAUCAAAUUAAAGUGUUACCAAGUUAACUAAAUAUUACUGAUAUAGGAAUACAACCCAGGCCCAUUUAAUACACUAUUAAACACAAAACCUUAUCUUCAAGCAGCAUUAACAAAACUUCUCUUGCAAAAUGAAACUUUUGCUUCAAAACCAAUAACUGCUCUCAAAUAAUAAACAAAGCGAUCAAAAUGAUAUAUACUCUCAAACAGUCAGUAAACGAUACAACAGAAAAAACAUUGUUCAAAACAUAUAGUUCUCAGGGAGAGGUACAUUUUAGUCUUACAGUUUUUUCUAGCUGCUUACACACUUUUUCAAAACAGGGUCACCUUUUUUCAAAUGUCUACACACAAUUCUCAAAACUGCACACACAAAAGGCAGAAUGCCUCACAUUUCCUUUAAAAUGUAACUCUGCAUUCAAAAUGCCAUAAACACCCGUCAGAAUGAAGCAUUUUCAUCAAAUGGCAAACACGUCUUUUAUAAUUUAACACUUUUCUAAAUCUAAAGCUCUUUGCUCUUUCAUAAGUUUAUAUCUACAUUUCAAUACAAUGUUCUACAGAGACAGAAAUCUGCAGAGAGGAGUAACAGGUACACUGUAAACACCAACGGCAUGAAGAAACAGAAAAUAUUUACCGUUUUUUCCAACUGCAUACACACGUUUUUAAAAUAGUGUCUCCUUCUUUCAAAACUCUAUACACAAUUCUCAAAACUGCACACACAAAAUGCCUCACAUCUCCUUCAAAAUGCGACACUGCAUUCAAAAUGCCAUAAACACCCGUCAGAAUGAAGCAUUUGCGUCAAAUGGCAAACGCGGCUUUCAUAAUAGUAAAUGUUUGGGUACACCAUGUAAACACUGUUGCUCUAAAUCUAAAACUCUUUGCUCUUUCAUAGACUUAUAUCUACAAUUCAACACAAUGUUCUAUGGUGAAAAUAACAGGUAACAGAAAGUACCAGGUACACUGUAAACACUAAUCACAUGUAGAAACUGAAAAUAUUUAUUUGGCCAAAAAAAAAAAAA